AUGAGCUCCUCCACCGCAGCAGUCCUCUAUGCUAUCACGGUAUCCGUACCGCCGGUCUCGACGAGACCAGAUGACGCGAAAGAAAAGAGCCACCAUGUUCAAGGCGGAUUCACUAACCCUUGGGAUUCCUGGAGAACAGUCGACUUCAAAGCUAUGAGACAGUUGCUGGGUCGUCAGGUCACCGGCAAAGCGAACCGGCCCGACACAACUCCUCCAACCGUGCCUGUUCGCAAACCAGAGUUCCUGGCAAGUCGUGAGAAUACGUCGCUGCGAGCAACCUGGCUCGGUCACGCGUGCUACUAUGUUGAAUUUCCCAGUGGUCUACGCGUGCUGUUUGACCCUGUCUUUGAGGAUCGCUGUUCGCCUCUGUCGUGGUUGGGCCCCAAGCGCUACACUGAGGCGCCUUGUCAGAUCAAAGAUAUUCCCAUCAUCGACGCCGUGGUCAUCUCGCACAAUCACUACGACCAUCUUUCGUAUCCUACUAUCAAGGAGAUAUCCGAGCGUCAUCCUAACUGCCACUUCUUCGCUCCCCUCGGCAACAAAGAAUGGUUCACGUGCUCGGGUAUCGAAAAGAUGACUGAACUCGACUGGUGGGAGGAACGAGACAUUGCUCUCUCGCCGUCUAAACCCACUGGCACGGAAGUCACGGAGCCUGCGAAUAACAGUGCCGCCUCGGCUGACAUCCAAGCGCGGAUCAGCUGUCUACCCUGCCAACACACUAGCAAUAGAGGUCUGUUCGACCGGGGCAAGACUCUGUGGUCUUCCUGGGCGAUUGAAUCCGGCGGCCGCAAGGUGUAUUUCGCCGGAGACACCGGGUACAGAGCUGUGCCCGAACUUCCGGACGAUGUCGAUGACUACGCCCCAGAAUACAACUUCCCCACUUGCCCUGCUUUCAAGAAGGUCGGUGAGUUCCGAGGACCUUUUGACCUGGGGUUGAUUCCUAUCGGCGCAUACAAGCCUCGUUGGUUCAUGAGCCCCAUGCAUGCGAACCCCCAUGAUGCCGUCAAUAUCUUCAAGGAUACCAAAUGCAAGAGGGCUUUGGGUAUGCACUGGGGCACCUGGGUUUUGACCGAGGAGGACGUGCUCGAACCCCCGAAGAAGUUGCGGGAAGCUCUGAGGACGAAUGAGAUUCCCGAGGAAGGUGUCUUUGAUGUUUGCGACAUUGGUGAGAGUCGGGAGUUCUGA